AUGUUAAGUGUACAUGGUCAUUUUCAAUUAACACAAGAUUCAUUAGCAGUUUGGUUAACUGAUUUCGAUGUAGUUUUAACUAAUCUUGAACAUUUAUCAGAACCACCAUCAAAUGAAAAAAUUCGACAAUUAGAUGAUAUCGAUCGAGAAAUUCAAGAAAAACAAACUAAAAUUGAAUAUGUUCGAACAUGUCCUAAUUAUUUACUUAGUAAAACAAUUGAUGCAAGAGGUUUAACAAUUAAUAUCAAUGAAUUAACAAAAUUUUGUUAA